AUUCUGAACCAGUGGUAUGUUGUGGAGCAGUUCGACACCACCUCCACCUGCCUGACUCUUAACUACACCCGUGUGUCUGCAACUCAGCUCAAAGUUACAAAGUCUCGUCAACUGGUGCUACUGGACAGCCUCAGCAUCGAGCACACCAACUCCUACACUGGCACCCUCGACAUCCCUGACGGAGACAAUGCUGGAAGGAUGCGAGUUAAGUGGCCAUUGAAUAUUGCAGGCAAAUCAGACUACAUUGUGUUUGAUAUUGAUGGAAAGACGUAUGCUGCCGUCUACGACUGUCAGCAGAUAACAAGCUUGGCACAUCGCCAUUCUGCUGCCAUUCUCUCCAGGACCCCAUCCCUUCCUGCAGAAACUAUCACAAAGAUCAAACAAAAGUUGCAGACCUACAAUAUUAACACUAAGAAUUUUGACAAAAUCGAUCACUCUGUGUGUAUUCGUCGUGAUGAUUCUGACCUCAACAUCAACAUUGAUGAAGAUACAUUUAAGAAGUUGAUAAGUGGUGCUUCAGAAAGCUUCCAGACUGUUGCUACCCAGCUGAUGACAAUCUUUCUGGUGGCGAAUGGUGCCAACAACUUCGCUAAUACUGUAGUAGACUUCACCAAGCAACUGGGAGCUGUUGAGGACGGCACACAAGGCACCAACGAAGCUAUUGUGCUCAAUCACGAUGCUGAGAUCAUUGCCUAGCACACUUUGAUUUGUUGUAAUAUGUGUUAUAUUCAUUGCUUAGAGGACUGAUAUAGAAAUAUAUAGGGAAAACUAUGUAUAAAAUAAAUAAUAGCUAGGAGAAGGGAUAUUAAGAAAAUUAAGCGCUUGAUGACGAAAAUGCUUAGGAAUAAAGUCUAGCUAAACUUACACGAAUAAAUCACACAAACAAUGAAGGUGGAAAAACGCUGCGAUGAGAAUGAAGUUUUAGA